GAAGGAAAGAAACAGCAAGGCUAUCAGUUUCCCUCUGCAUAUCAUGGGGCUGGUAUAUGUCGGGCUUGCCUUACUCAUCAUUGCAAAAUCUUUACAUGGAGUAAGCAUUAUUCAAAAUCCAACUUUACUUAUCAAGAAAGGUGGUGAUUCAGUGGAAAUUGGAUGUCAGCAUGAUGACGACACUCAUUACUACAUGUACUGGUACAGGCAGAGAAGUUUGGGUGAAAUGGACAUGAUCACUAUGUCUGUUGGGAAAGAUAUGGCUCAAACAGUUGAACCAUUUAACAAGAGUAAAUAUUCUAUGAUCCGUCCUGAGGUGCGACACGCGACCCUGCAGCUAAAGGGACUAGAAGUGAAUGAUUCAGCUGUGUACUUCUGCACAUCAAUUUGGUCAUGUCAGGUUGACACAGUUAGCAUUAGAGAGAUCUGGGAAAAUAGUUCAUGCGAUCAGACUGUGACCUUCAAUGAUCCAGCAUACUUUGGAGAUGGAACAAAACUCACAGUUUUAGAUACAAAUGUAGAAAUCACACCACCAACUGUCAAGGUGCUGAGUGUUUCAGAGUGGGAAGAGUGUAAAAAGCUAUAUGUCACACUAGUAUGUGUGGCUGAACGUUUUUACCCUGACCAUGUGAAUGUGAACUGGAAAAUUGAUGGAGAAAACCGUACCACUGAUGUUAGUACAGACGAAGCUGCCACCCAAGGUAAUGACAAGUUCUACAGCAUCACCAGCAGACUGAAUGUCGAUUAUGAAGAGUGGACUGAAGGCAAAACGUUCACCUGUAUUGUCUCAUUCUAUAAUGGGACAAAUCACACACACCAUGAGCACUAUAUAGUGGGACCACCUGAAAGCGAUGAUGCUGGAAAAUAUGUUCGAAGAGUGAAAACAACUAUGUUGGCCUAUGGCGUAUUCGUUCUCAAAAGUUUUGUAUACGGCUUAGUCAUCCUUCUCAUCAUUAAGAGACAGGGUUUUAUUUCAAAGUAAAGGCGAUGAGUCUGGUGUGGGCAUGAUGGAGAGCUGCCAUGUGGUCAUGUGACAGAGGAGGAUGCACAGUUUAUACAUUAUCAAUAUGCUAACAGCUAGUUCAGAUAUGAGCUCUGUAUUUAAAAGCAUGAUUAUUUUCAAGCGCUUAGCUAAUUUUGCUCUACUUUGUUGUUUUUACUUUUGUUUUCUUCAGCUUAACAAAAUUUACACACACACACACACACACACACACACACACAUAUAUAUAUAUAUAUAUAUAUAUAUAUAUAUAUAUAUAUAUUUUUUUUUUUUUUUUUACUAUAUUUUAUUAUAAAUAUUUUUACUCAGCACUUGUUCUUUCAUGUGAUGUAUAAAACAAGAAUCUUUUGCAGUUUUUAUGCUUGUACACAUUAUUCAAGCUUGCUUGUAAUGCUUCAUUAUAGCAAUGAUUUUGGUAUUAAAAUAAAACAUACGUAGGUUCAUGGCAUGGAAUAUCGUUGAAGGAUUUUUGCAACAUUAUACACAUAUAUUUCACAUACAUUUCACAAAAACAUGUGAAAGUGCAUUUCAACAUGUUAUGGCCUGAGAUUGCAUAUGUGAAUUCAAGUAAACACAUGUGAUAAAUAAAACCAUGUGUCCUACA